GUGACAGUGAUAGUAUUUUAUUUGAUAGGAGCCAGUUUUUGGAAACUUAUCCGAAAACCGUAUCCUGUCCUGUUUUCCUAAUUUAUUAAUAGUCCGGGUGGCAUAUGAUUUGGGUGCUAAAUUAAUUUAAUUAUUUCCAAUUGAGGUUCACCCGAAAGUCUCCACAUUAUGUCGGUAAUGUUAACGAUGGCAACUCGGAGGAUACCGCGUGCAGUAAUAAGAACUUUAAACAAAUAUUGGGAGAAGAGUAUAUCAGAGGUAUCAGCCCAACAGUCACUAUUGUGUUAUGGGGCAAGGACUCUUUGUACAUACAAACUACAAGCAAAUAAUAAUAUUAUAUCAGGCUCACCCAAAUCAAUAUGCUGCCGCACAGACAGAUAUUUCCGAACCUCUGGAUCUUUCAUGCAAGAUAUUGUCAAGUGCCCACCUUUUCCAGAAUCUGUAACUGAAGGUGAUAUUAGAAUUGAAAAGAAAGUUGGAGAUGCAGUGGCAGCUGACGAAGUCAUCGCCGAAAUCGAAACCGAUAAGACCUCAAUGCCCGUGCACUGUCCUGUACAUGGCGUUAUCGAAGAGAUUCUUGUGAAAGAUGGCGACACCGUCAAAGCAGGCCAACCUCUGUUCAAAGUCAGGGUCACAGGAGAAGCUCCACCUAAGAAAUCUGAUGCCCCAGCAGCCGAGAAGCCUGCUGCUACCGCUGCACCUCCACCACCACCUCCUCCCAAACCAGCUGCAGCUGCCUCAGCACCUCCACCACCACCCGUUGCUGCCCCACCAGCUGCUCCUCCACCGCCCAAGCCAGCUGCACCCAUGAGCCAGAUUCCUGUGGCUGCCAUUAGACAUGCCCAGUCUAUUGAAGCUACUGCAACUGUAAAGCUGCCACCCUCUGACCCAACCAAAGAAAUCACCGGAACCAGAACCGAACAGAGAGUGAAAAUGAACAGGAUGAGACUAAAGAUCGCGCAAAGAUUGAAGGAGGCACAGAACACCAACGCCAUGUUGACCACUUUUAACGAAAUCGAUAUGACGAAUAUUAUGGAGUUCCGAAAAGCCCACCAGGAGGCAUUCUUGAAAAAAUACGGAAUAAAGUUGGGUUUCAUGUCAUGUUUCUUGAAGGCUUCCGCUUAUGCCUUACAGGAUCAACCCGUUGUCAACGCGGUUAUUGACGGAGGCGAAAUUGUUUACAGAGAUUACGUGGAUAUAUCUGUGGCUGUAGCGACUCCUAAAGGUCUUGUUGUGCCUGUUAUUAGAAACGUUGAGAGUAUGAACUUUGCAGAAAUCGAAUUGGCAAUGGCCGCUAUGGGAGAGAAGGCCAGAAAAGGCCAGAUAGCUGUUGAAGACAUGGACGGUGGUACCUUCACCGUAUCCAAUGGCGGAGUCUUUGGGUCACUGAUGGGCACUCCCAUUAUCAAUCCACCACAAUCUGCUAUAUUGGGAAUGCACGGCACGUUUGACAGGCCCGUGGCAAUAAAAGGACAGGUUGUAGUAAGACCAAUGAUGUACGUCGCCCUGACCUACGAUCACCGGCUGAUUGACGGUCGUGAGGCCGUUCUUUUCCUACGUAAAAUCAAGUCCGCAGUCGAAGAUCCUCGAGUAGUACUGGCGGGACUUUAGAUUUCUUUUCCUGAUAUACGUAAGACCCCACGUCUUAUCGACGUCGUUCCAUAGGUUUCAUAUUGAAAGUGCUCCAAGCCUUUUUCAAUCAAGCGAACACGUUUUACCAUGUAUUAUUUCUUUUUUUUCUUUUAAUGAUGUUUUUAUUUUAAUUUCCCCUUGUAUGUUCUACAUUGUAUUAUUUAUUUGUUAAAUAAAUUAUCUUUUAUGUUUA